AACACGAACCUUCGACAACAGCCAAUUGCGCAGUGACAGUCAGCGGAGAUCUGAAGAGAUUCCGAAUCAAUUAGAAACGACCUAUCGAAUUCUUCAUACAGCUCCUCGAGCUUCCCGGGACGAACUAUAGCAGCCAUGAGUCGUCGGCCACGGCUGGCUAUCACAAGCGACGAGAUCAACUACCUCGUCUGGCGAUAUCUACAGGAGUCGGGAUUCGCGCAUACCACCUUUGCGUUCCAAUCCGAGUCCGGCGCACAAAACUUCGAUGAGCGGUGGGGAGAGCAUGUUAAGCCUGGCGCAUUGGUGUUGGCCUUGCAGAAAGGGUUGCUGUAUAGGGACGCGGAGGAGCAUCUGAAUGAGGAUGGAACAGAGAGGACGUGUCUCGGGCAAAUGGGGCUUAUUGGUGAGCACGUCUGCUCUGACGUGCCGGCACCGGCUGGCGAAUUACCGCCGUGGCCAAGACCAUUGUCAACAAAGAAGACGACAAACGACACCCUAUCCAACGGCAAAAACUCGGCUCGCGAUGGGAGGACACCGCCAGCUGAGGCACAGGACCAGCCUAUGGAGGAUGCGCCGGCAAUGGAGGCGACGAGCAGUCGUGAGUCUGCGGAUGAGGCACCACGGAGUAUAUCAACGGAGGAUGUUACGUUGCUCGGCAGUGGUGAGGAGUUGUUCAACUGCGAAUGGAAUCCGGUACAAAAUCAGUUGCUGGCGACGGGUUCGUCCGAAGCGACAGUGAGAAUAUGGACGGUGCCUCAAACCACGGAGCAGCCGUCAAGCGUGGAGCUUAACCAUCUUCCGGCAUAUCAUGAGACGAAGGACAUCACCUGCAUCCAUUGGAACGCAACAGGAACUCUAUUGGCAACUGGAUCUUUCGACGGACAAGCACGGAUAUGGACGGCUGAUGGUAAACUAAGGCAUUCUUUGACUGUUCACUCAGGGCCGAUCAUGGCGAUUCGCUUCAACGCCAACUCGAGUAUGCUGCUGACGGCUUCUUGUGAUGCCUCGGCCAUUGCCUGGGAUGUGGAGACUGGGGGCGAGAAGCAGACCUUUACGGCACGUGAGACACCAACGACCGACGUGGAAUGGGUGGACGAGGACGCUUUCGUAACAUCUGGAGAGGAGGGUGACAUGUACCUAUGGAAGGUGGGAUCGACGACGCCUCUGAGGAAAUUUGACGGCCACAAGAGUGACAUUAACAGCUUGACAUGGGAUGCGGCGAGCAAGUUGCUCUUGAGUGCCUCUGAUGAUGGUACUGCAAAGAUUUGGUCCAUCGAGCAGAGUACGCCUUUGCACACACUUCAAGCCCACGCAGCCGGUGUCCUGGCAGCAAGAUGGAAGCCAAGUCGCGAAUGGGGGUCUGCCCCAGUACUAGCUACAGCCUCCAAAGACGGCACAGUGAAGAUGUGGGAUGCACGGACGGGCAACACUCUUCACACACUCAACUUGCACGACAGUGCUGUCUUUGCUUUGGCAUUUUCCAAUGACGGAAGAUGGUUGGCGAGUGGGGGGAGGGAUGGGGAUCUCGUGAUCUGGAAUGUUGCAGAUGGCAAGGCGGUAGGUCGUUGGGUACCCGAUGAGCCUCGCGGUGAGGAGGGUGGACAGGUGUUCCACAUUUCGUGGAGUGGGUCGCUCAAAGCUGGUGAUGGUCCAUCGAAGAUUGCCAUUUGUCGCGGAAAACGAAAGUGCGCUGUUAUUGACUGGAAGGCCUAAAGACGCCUAUUGAUACGUUGAAUGUCACCAAAAAUAUUGUUAGCGAGGACAUAGGACAUUGAAAACGGCAGGGUGGUGGUGUACGGUUAUUGAUGUGUACGGAUAUAAUGCGUGGUAUCAUGGUGACUGUUGUCGCUACUCAAACUCAAACAUAAUGUAAUACUACGGAAAGCUAC